AUGGUGACUUCACUGAGCAUGGUGUGGCUGACUACAUCACGAAACGGUCUGGAGUUAUCGUCUUUACUACGCAGCCGAGAUUGCUUCCUUCAUUCGAGCCCAGUCUCAUUAAGGCAGCAUUGGUGGCCAGAGUCGUCUCAUCCAGCAUCGAUAGAUCCUCGCCGGAGGGAAUACUAUGUGUCAUUCAGAGGUUCACAAGCGCCAACACGUGAUAUUGGCCGAAGGAGCGCGCAAAAGUGCCUGCCGACGGUGACUCCUCUGCAAUACGAGCCUAUGGGCCUGCAGUAA